CCGGAGCACCGGGCCAUAAAAAAAGGAACUCGCCCAAUCUCAACACAAGCAACACUACACCGAGCAGCUGUGUUUUUGUCAGAGCUGAGGAGUCGUCCAAACGUCCGAAAGAGUUAAAAGAAAGAGUCCACAAUGAAGACCCAAACUUGUUUCGCCUUCUCCAUACAACUAUUUGCUAUUUAUUUUCUGGUUGGUGCCAUUUACAUAGUGAAUGGUGACUACUGUGAGAUAAAUGUCUGCAGUAAUGGGGGGAGCUGUGUGACUGGCCCCAGAUCCUCCUUCAUCUGUAUCUGCCCCGAUGGCUAUACUGGGGACACGUGCAAUGACACCGAGACUGGGCCCUGCAACCCAAACCCCUGCAAGAACGAUGCCUUCUGUGACGUGACUGGCCAGAAACGCAGAGGGGACGUCUUCAGCGAGUACAUCUGCAAGUGCCAGGAUGGCUUUGAUGGAGUCCACUGCCAGAACAAUGUGAAUGACUGUGCCAACCAGCCGUGCCAAAACGGUGGCUCUUGUAGGGACCUGAAUGGAGACUUCAACUGUCGCUGUCCGUCCCCCUACGUGGGCAAGCACUGCCAACUGCGUUGUAUCUCUCUGUUGGGAAUGGAGGGCGGAGGCAUCGCUGAGUCUCAGAUCUCGGCCUCGUCGGUGCACUACGGAUUCCUGGGCCUGCAGCGCUGGGGGUCUGAGCUGGCACGCCUCAACAACAAGGGCCUGGUUAACGCCUGGACCUCAGCCUCCUAUGACAGGAACCCCUGGAUUGAGAUUAACAUGCAGAGGAAGAUGCGUUUCACGGGCAUCGUGACGCAGGGCGCCAGCCGCAUGGGGUCAGCAGAGUUCAUCAAGGCCUUUAAGGUGGCGUCCAGUCUGGACGGAAGGACCUACACUAUGUACCGCCUGGACAGACAGACGAAGGACACUGUGUUUGUGGGGAACGUGGACAACGACGGCACCAAGACCAACCUGUUUGACCCUCCAAUUAUCAGCCAGUACUUCCGCAUCAUCCCCGUGGUCUGUCGCAAGGCCUGCACCCUGCGCUUUGAGCUGGUGGGCUGUGAGCUCAAUGUGUAUUCAAACACGGCAGGUUGCUCCGAGCCCCUGGGCAUGAAGUCGCGCCUGAUCGCCGACCGCCAGAUCUCGGCCUCCAGCGUCUACCGCACCUGGGGCAUUGAGGCGUUCACCUGGCAACCACACUACGCUCGGCUGGACAAGCAGGGCAAGACCAACGCCUGGACGGCGGACACCACCGAACGCACUGAGUGGCUGCAGGUAGACCUGGAGUCUCCUAAGAAAAUCACAGGUAUCAUCACCCAGGGGGCCAAAGACUUUGGCGCGGUCCAGUUUGUCUCUGCCUUCAAGGUGUCCUACAGUGACGAUGGGCAAUUCUGGAGCAUAGUCAAGGAUGAUGUCACCAGCACAGACAAGAUCUUCCCUGGCAACAGCGACAACAAUGUCCACAAGAAGAACCUGUUCGAGCCUCCGUUCUACGCCCGAUUCGUCCGCAUCCUGCCGUGGGCUUGGCACGGGCGCAUCACCUUGCGAAUGGAGCUGCUGGGCUGUGACGAGUAGCCCCGCCCAAGUCUCCUCUAUCCCCGCCCCCCCCCUUCCUUUCUUUCCAAAACCUCCUGAGCCACACCUGCACUGCCUUGCUCAGAUCUGUAGAGGGCAGCAAAACACCACGCCACCACAACCCUACCCCGACUGAGGAGGUACAAAACCACCUAAUGGUUACUGCUAGAAUUGGGUAGGGGUAAUCUGAUCCUAGAUCUGUGCUUAAGGUCAACUUGUACCUCGAGCACACAGACUACUGCUGUGUCAGUCAGAACUGCAUGGACUCUGAAACUGUCCUUCCUAGAUCAAGGCCUCUGUUGUGUUCAGAGUUUCAGAGUAGGAGUGUUGAUCUUAUUCAUUAUUAUUAUGAUUUUUUUUUUUUUUUCUCUCGAAAGGCAAAACUGAUCCUAGAUCAGCACUGCUACUGUAUACGGGCUGAACCUGAAACCCAGUGAUGAUGUACAAUAGUAGCUCAUUUAGCUGAGAUGUUUUUUUCCCAAUAGAGGGUUUUCACCUGACCGUCCUGAAGUGAGUAAUAUUGUUAUUGAACACACUCGUGUGUAUUGUUAGCUUCCAAGCUGUGACUCUGCAGUGCUUUGGUAGAUGUUUUGAACAACUUUGUGUUUGCUUAAUGAAGACUCCUCGUGUGACCAUAGACUUUAUACGAAUUUCAUUUUUUUUUUUUUUUUUUUUUAAGAAAUGUAUACCAAAAUGUAUUUUGCUUUGUUGCUAUGUGUAUGGUCUUAGUUAACUAGUCAUAAAUGCAUUAUGAUUCAUUAUUAUUUGCAUUUUUACAAACAUUUACGUUUUCAUUUAAGUGUACUGAACAGAAAUAUAAAUGCAGAAAUAUAUGCAGAAAUAUAAUUUUAAUGAGGAAAUCAAUCAAUUGCCCUAACCCUAUGGAUUUCAUAUGAUUGGCAGUACAGAUAUGGUAUCUGUUGGUCACAGAUUGCUUAAACAAAAAAUGGGCCUCCUAAUGGGCCUCAGGAUCUCGUCAAGGUAUUUUUUUGUGCAUUCAAAUUGGCAUCGAUAAAAUGCAAUUGUGUUCGUUGUCGGUAGCUUAUGCCUGCCCAUACCAUAACCCCACCACCAUGUGGCACUCUGUUCACAAUGUUGACAUCAGAAAACCACUCGUCCACAUGACUCCAUACUCACAACGUUGACAUCAGCAAACCACUCGUCCACACGACGCCAUACUCACAACGUUGACAUCAGCAAACCACUCGCCCACAUGACUCCAUACUCACAACGUUGACAUCAGCAAACCACUCGUCCACACGACGCCAUACUCACAACGUUGACAUCAGCAAACCACUCGCCCACACGAAGCCAUACACAUGGUCUGCAGUUGUGAGGCCGGUUGGAUGUACUGGCAAACUCUAUAAAACGAUGUUGGAGGCGGCUUAUGGUAGAUAAAUUAACAUUUUAAAUUAUCUGGCAACACCUCUGGUGGGCAUUCAGCUUGCUAAUUGCACGCUCCCUCAGAACUUGAGACAUCCGUGGCAUUGUGUUGUGUGACACAACUGCAUAAUUUAGAGUGGCCUUGUAUUGUCCCCAGCAGAAGGUCCACAUGUGUAAUGAUCAUGCUGUUUAAUCAGCUUCUUGAUAUGCCACACCUGUUAGGUGGAUGGAGUAUCAUUAAUGGGGUUGUGAAGACAUUUGUGCUCAAUUUUAAAGAAAUAAUAUUUUUAAGCAUAUGGAUCAUUUUUGGGAUCUGUUAUUUCAGUUCAUGAUACGUGGGACCAACACUUUACACGUUGCCUUUUCUAUUUUUGUUCAGCGUAGUAGCAGACUUAACAUUUAGAAAGCAUAGAGACUCUUAUUCUGUAAUCUUGUGACAUUCCAAAAUCCCAAAGUAGUUGAAUUCUAUUUUAGUUGAUUAUCUUUUUUUGCCAAAGAGAAACUAAAAGUGCAGAAAUACUACCUUACAGUAUGUGGUGUUAUAACAUGUGUUAUAACUAAAGUAUGUGGUGUUAUAACAUGUGUUAUAACUAAAGUAUGUGGUGUAUUAUAACUCGAUGUACUCUGUUUUAUAAGAAUGGUUUUAUCACAACUCAAUGUAAUGCAUUUAUUACUAAUUGACAAAUUAUAUAUGUAGAAAAUAUCGAGUUGGCACGUUUGACGAUGCUGCCAAAAUGUCUUUCUCAGGUCUAGGCAGAUCCAUUCUAGCCUGAUCCCAGAUCUGUUUGUGCUGUCUUGCUAAACACAAACAUAAGAGUUGUCAAGACAGCACAACUGAUCUGGGACAAGGUAGAUCUAUUCAUUUUGUAUGUGCUACUGAUGUUAUAACACUCCAUGAUACUACACAGCUCAACUCAAUAUCACUCAGCCAUGUUUUCAUUUUUUUUAAAUAUAUAUAUAUAUUGUUUUUUUUGUGUAUUAUAUAUUGUUUUUUAAGGCACUUUCAGAGUCAGUUUGAUUAUUCUUUGCUGAGUUAAAUAUGUGGAAAAUUGUGAAACCCAAAGUUUUGUACAUUGAGGAAAUACAGUAUACAUAUUGACCAUACAUGUAGAUUGAGUGUUGGAAAACAAAGAUUUGUAAUACUAGGCAUCUGUCGUUUCACUGCAUAGGAGAACGGUAUAUAUGGCUUCCAUAAGUUAUCAGGAGGCAAUUUAGAUUUCUCUGUAGAUUUCUGACUGGCAAUAGCAGCCAAAACCACAUUUCCAUCAGUUUUUAUUUCUGAGCUGGUUAUCCUUCCUAGUGUAAAUACUUGUUGUUAUAAAUUGUUCCUAGAAGAUGGAAUGUUUUGCAGCAGACUAAUCAAAUGCCAUCCAUUUCUCACAAGAGGGCCAAAAUUAUGCGUAGAAUUCGAAGGCUGUGUCCACACUGAUAAGAUAGAAAAUGAAAAAAAUGUAAUUAAAAAAAGAUUUAUACAGUUGCACUGAACGCAUCACAUGACCGGUUAUCUCCAUAUUGCUCCUAGGUCAUAGCUAACAUUGUAAAGAUCCCUCUUGAAUUAUGGGCUUGUGCAAUAAGUUAUUAGUUUUGAUAUGAAUGAAUCUGAAUCCAACACGAACAGCUGGACACAUGUGGGCGAUUAGAUGUACACGCAGACAACGACGAAGUUAAGGCAAUGGAUGGAUGCUGGUGUCAAACACUGUCCAUAUAUCUCUGAUCUUUUACAGACUGUUUCAAAACAGUUAUCUGAUGUCUGCAUGCAUUGUAUUGUCUAUGAUUUCUCAGUUCCAACAGAGAAGUUUUGAUUUAUAUUGUUUUUUUCUGUACACUUAAAAAAAAAAAAAAAAAAAAAAGAUUGUUCAUCAGACUAGUUAUUUCCGGUUCUUUCAUUCCACAAUGUCCUGGUUUUAUGAGUCAUGAAAAAAUAUAAAAUUGAAUGUGUUUUUAUGCAAUAUUAGUUACACAUACUUUUACAUCUUACAGUAGUCUGACUGGAUCUGAUUCAUUUUGUUCAUGUUUCUGUUAAGAGAAUUCCCUUGUGUUUGGCCUUUUUGUAACUCUCAAGACAUAGAUAAUAAAGGACUUAAAUGCA